AUGGGCAACUCCAAUGGCAAGCCCAUCGUCCUCACCGACGAGGUCAACCUCAACCACUUCCGCCUCCUGCGCGUCGUCGGCAAGGGCGCCUUUGGCAAGGUCCGCAUCGUCGAGCGGAAAGACACCGGCUUGACAUUUGCGCUGAAGUACAUACGAAAGGAAGAGAUUGUGCGCAGCGAGAGUGUGAGGAAUAUCAUCCGGGAGAGGAAGAUGCUGGAGCAUUUGAACCAUCCGUUUUUGUGCAAUUUGCGGUAUAGUUUUCAGGAUAUGGAGUAUCUUUAUCUGGUAGUCGAUCUCAUGAACGGCGGCGAUCUGCGCUUUCACAUCUCACGCAAGACCUUUACGGAAGAGGCGGUGCGGUUCUGGAUGGCCGAGCUGGCGUGCGCGCUGCGCUAUAUCCACAAGCAGAGGGUGGUGCACCGAGACGUGAAGCCGGAUAAUGUGCUGUUGGACGCGGAAGGACAUGUCCACUUGGCGGACUUCAACGUGGCGUCAGAUUUCUCCCUGACCAGACCCUUGACGAGCAAAUCCGGGACAUUGGCAUAUCUGGCCCCGGAAGUGUAUACGGGGAGAGGGUAUCAGUCGGAGGUGGAUUGGUGGUCGAUGGGUGUCACGUUCUACGAGUGCAUCUACAACAAGCGGCCGUUUGAGUCGAAUACGCAGGAUGGCCUGGCGCAGGCGAUUGUGAAGGCGGAUCCGGCGUUUCCGGUCACUUCACCGCCGGUGUCGAUGCCUUGUCUGCAUGCGAUCAGUUCGCUGUUGGAGAAGAACAAGACGCUGCGGAUAGGAGCGGCGAGCUGGGAGAGUUUUACGGAUAAUCCGUUCUUUCGGGAGAUUGAUUUCGAGGCGCUGGAGCGGAAAGAGGUGGAGCCUGUGUUUUGCCCGUCGAGCGAGAAGACGAACUUUGAUGCCACGUAUGAUCUGGAGGAGCUGCUACUGGAAGAGGCGCCAUUGGAGGCGAGAGCGAGAAAGCAGAAGCCAAGAGCGGAGCUGCGCGAGGACGCGACGCAGCAGGAGAUCCGGACGGAGGAGCUGCACAAGAUGAUCGAGCAGUACUUUGAGCCGUUCAACUACACCAUAUUACCGGAACAACGAAGUCCGGUCGUCCAAGGAGACUCGCCAUCCGCCGCCACAGUUCCAUCACCGACACGGCAAAAAGGCGAAAAGGGGCCGGAACCCGUCCUACCACACCGACCACGACCAGAACAAGCACGCUCAAUACCCACACCACGCUCCCAAACCCCCGCCAACGUCUCACGAACCCGCUCCUCCACCCACUCACCCGACGGCUCACCACCUUUGCCCAUCAACGCCCUUACCGAGAACAUGCCCACUUCUCAGCCCCAGCAGCAACAACAACCACAAGAAUACUUUCCCCCACCCACCUCGCAACCCGCCCCCGCCAUCCCCGAGAAAUCCUCCUCCCGCCGCUCCACCUCCCGCCCGCGCCAACCCUCGCAAUCCGCCCGCAACCGCAAAAUCCGCUACGACGAAACCGCGUCCCUCCCCUCCACGAACUCCCAAACCCGCGCGCACCGGCCUCGCGGCGCAGCCCGCAGCACGUCGAUGGGCGGCGGGGUGCAAGUCGUGCUCAACGAGCAAGGCAGCUGGAGCGAGAUGGCGAAUCAGAGCCAAGGGAUGGUUACGCCGACGAAAGAGGAGGCUGGCGCCAGGAGGGAGGAGAAGGGGACGGGGAUGUUGGGUUUCCUGUCGCGGAAGAGGGGUAGGGAGCGCAGUCCGAAGGGGAAGGAGAAGGAGAGGGGGGUGCUGGGGAAGGAGGGCGCGAGGGUGGUGAUUAGUUCGGGCUAG